UUGAGUUCGGUGUAAACAGCAGCAGAACCGGGUCCGGUACCGGAUUAACUCAGAUUAACUCAGUUUAACUCAGUUUAUAGAGGGUUUAACUGGUUCUGCAGGCUGGGAUGGGACUGUUCUGGUGGCUCGGUUCUACUGAAACUUGGGUUCUGCUGCUGGUUCUGCUGGGACUGGUACUGAUGUUAGAUCAUCGGGCCAAAAGUUUAUUCCGAAAUUUAGGAAUUCCUGGACCGGGAUAUCGGCCGUUCUUUGGGACCAUAUUUGAGUACAUGAAGGGUUUUCACACAUUUGAUACAAAGUGUUUUCAGAAGUUCGGCAGAGUUUGGGGUAUAUUUGACGUAUGGCAGCCAUUGCUGUGUGUUAUGGAUACAGAGAUCAUCAAAACCGUCCUGAUUAAAGAGUGCCACACCCUCUUCACCAACCGCCGGGACUUUCCUCUGAACGGUGAGCUGUACGACGCCGUGACUGUGGUUGAGGACGACAACUGGAGAAGAAUCAGGAACAUCCUCUCACCAUCGUUCACCAGCGGCAGACUGAAGGAGAUGUUUGGUAUCAUGAAGAAACACUCCAGUACUUUAAUAAAACACCUGCAGAAAACCGCAGAACAGGGCGGAACCGUGGACCUGAAGGGGGUGUUCGGACCGUACAGUAUGGACGUGAUUGCCAGCACGGCGUUCAGCGUCGACAUCGACUCCCUCAACAACCCCGACGACCCAUUCGUCACCAACGCCAAGAAACUGCAGUUUAACUUCGAGAACCCCGUCUUCAUCAUCGGCGCGCUCCUUCCCUUCACCAUGCCGCUGCUGGAGAAGAUGAACUUCUCCUUCUUUCCCGACUCCGUCACCAAGUUCUUUUACGCCGCAGUGCAAAAGAUCAAAGCUGAACAAAUGAUCAACCAGCAUAAGAGCCGAGUGGAUUUUCUGCAGCUGAUGAUGGAUUCUCAGAAGUCAGAUCAAUCAGACAAAGGAAAAGAGACACAUAAAGGUCUGACUGAUCAUGAGAUCUUGUCUCAGGCCAUGAUCUUCAUCUUCGCCGGUUACGAGACGAGCAGCAGCACUCUGACCUUCUUCUUCUACAACAUCGCCACCAACCCUGAGGCCAUGAAGAAACUCCAGCAGGAAGUGGAUCGGACCUUCCCCAACUGGGCUCCGGUUUUGUACGAUGCUCUGGUGAGUAUGGAUUAUCUGGAUGCCGCUAUGAGCGAGUCGAUGCGGUUGUACCCCGUCGUUCCUCGGCUGGAGAGACAGUGCAAGAAAACGGUGGAGAUCUGUGGAGUAACUGUUACUAAAGGAACCGUCGUCAUGAUCCCCACCUACGUCCUCCACCGAGACCCGGAGUACUGGCCUGACCCCGAAACCUUCAACCCCCUGAGGUUCACUAAAGGGAAUAAGGAGAAUGUGGACCCCUACGUCUACAUGCCUUUCGGUUCUGGACCCAGAAACUGUAUCGGGAUGAGAUUCGCUCAGUUGGCCAUGAAACUCGCCAUCGUAGAGAUCCUGCAGAGAUUCAACGUCCAAGUGUGUGACCAGACCCAGGUUCCUCUGCAGUUGGCUGGAGCUCUUCUGACUACUCUCAAACCCAUCAUCCUCAAAUUCACCCCCCGAGCUGAUUCCAGCAACUAAUUUACACCAGUUUACUCAAAAAUAUAUAAUUUACACUCUAAUUAUAGAGUUUUAUAGUAAUUAAUGUUAUUAUAUUCCAUCCUGUUACUCACCAUAUCACAUUACACUGAGUAUAAUUUCACCUUAAUUACCUCUGCACUCACAUAUACCUCAGUCAGCAGUAUGAAUUAUUAUUAAUUAUUCAUUAAUUAUUCAUAUUUCUUUCUGUAUUUGACUGAAAUAAUUCCUGCACUGAUGAGUUAAUAAAUGUAAUAUUUUUACUGAUCACAUUCAUUUUAUAUAGACUUAUGUUUUAUAUCUACAUUUAUAUGUAUUUUGUCGUCUAAUUUUUUACUUUGAGGAAUAUGAGUUAGGAUUUCUUAAUAAAAUAAAAUCAUAUUUUUUCAUUGGUAA